AUGGCUCAAGUCGACCUAAAAGAGCAACUAACCCAGCUCGAAGCAGCUCGCAACCUCGUCCUAUCCGAUGCCGCACUCUACCCCCAAGUCCUACAGGGCAUUUUGCCUAUCAUCGGCGCAAAUGCGCGAUUAGACCUUCGACGAUGGGGUGCAGAUUUUCUCGCAGAGACCUUCGCAAAUACAACGCUACCUUCGGAUCAAAAGGAACAACUCGCUGGUACCGUGUUACCUACGUUGAACGAGUACCUAGGGAAUGAUGCGCAGGAUGUGGCGGUAAUUAAGAGUACGGUGCAGACGGCGUCGAGUCUGUAUCCGUUUGUUUUCAGGCAUAUAAUCCACCAUCCAAACGACACAGCUAUGUGGGAUCAAAUUACAGCAAUAAAACAUAAUAUACUCCAGAGAAUGGACACCGCGCCACAUCCGGUCAGGGUAUGCUGUAUCAAAUUUGUGCAGAAGGUCGUUCAUACCCAGACGCCGGGGCCGAUCGCUGAUCCACGACGACCUGAAAGAAACGAGACUUCUAUUGCAAUUGUGCCUAGGACUCAUCCACUGCUUUCGAUACCGAAUCUUGAAGCUGAAGCGUCCGGGUUGUUAGAUCGACUUCUUACUGUUCUUCAAGACGAUUCCGAUGAUGCAAUCCUUGUGAACGCCACAAUCAACUGUCUGGGGAUUUUGAUUCGCUCUCGUCCUACAAUCGCUAAUAAGAUCCUGGAAACGUUAUUGAAUUUCAACCCUAUCAAAAUAGAUCACGGGCCUUUGACACCUACUAUGCGUGUCAAGAUCAAGUCAAUGGAGAGGACGACACGCGCUGUAUUAAUCAAUCUACUGAAAAGAAACCCUAAUCACCCCCUAGCUGGAAAGAUGCAGCAACACAUGGAACGACUGGCACAAAACUGCAUAGAAGCAUUCGAUGCAUCGUCCCGGAAACGCGCACUACCAGUUGAGCCAAUAGAUGGUCUCGAUAAUGCUAAGAGAGCGAAACUGAGUGUCGAAACUCCUCCUCUAAUCAAGAUUCCUCCUCUUCCCGAUGGACCUAUCAGCUAUUCUCAACUGUAUACUCUCACAGAAGAUAUCGGACUGUCCUCUUUCGACGUGAAGCAGUUGCCCCCUGAUUUAAUUGUCAAGAUUGCUGUAGCGGUACUAGGACGUGUUGAUCCCAAUGCUCUUGCUCAAGCAACUGAGGGUAUCCGAGGUCGGUAUCAAACACUAAUCGCACGACAAGCCCAACAAGCCCAACAAGCCCAGGCACCACCCGAAGAAGAAGACGACGAAUACGAACCCGAAUAUCAACCAAUGGAUAUCCCCUCGGCCGAAGUCCAGGAUAUCGCGGCCCCUGUAUUUGACUUGGAGCCUGAACUAGGUCCAUUCCAACUCAGCCGGCCUCCACCCCUGACAGAGAACGAAGCAAAUGAAAUUGGCCGCGCUGCCGCUGAUCGUGUGUUUGAGAUGAUGAUAGCAACUCCCUUCAAAGCAGCUACUAAACCUGCCACCGCCAGCGGGGCAGCAGCAGCUUCAUCUCCGUCCUCCUCAGAUCGAAAAGGUUUCGCGCGUCUUGCCGGUGGUUCCCUCGACACCAAGGAGGCAUGGAUAACAAUGCUAGUCCGCAUGGCGACACGCGCACCCGCAAAACUGGAAGCAGCCGCCGGCGAAAUCCAGACCUCAGACGGUCGACCCACAAUAUCAAACUACAUCCGCGAACUGCUUUACCGGCACAUCCUCGAAGAUUUUAGGUCACGAAUCAAUAUCGGCAUCAUGUGGCUCAAUGAAGAAUGGUACAAUGACCGCAUGCAAAUGGAAGCUGCAGCAUCACAACGUGGGAAAAGCGAGGAAAUCUCCGUACCGCUGCACUACGAUUCAUGGGUUUUAAGGCUGUUGGGCGGUAUAUUGCCGUAUCUUGAUGCGCGGGAUGUCAAGAUCUUGAUCAGGUUUUUGAGUGAGAUUCCGGAGGUUACGUUGCCGAUUAUUGGGCGUGUGCAGACUUUGGCAAUGGAUCCGGAACGCAUCAAUUUAUGUGUUCAGGCUUUACAUUAUUUGGUAAUGUUCAGACCACCGUCGAGAGAGAUAUGUCUCAAUGCCUUGGAGGAGAUCUACAAUACCUACGAAGAAGCACGCCCAGCAGCCAGCAAAGUCCUCUCGAAAUGGCGGCCUGAAGUUAUUGCGGCACAACAACCUCGAGAGCUGCCUAGCAGUACUAAUGGUGUGCAAUAA